AUGAUGAUGUGGAAUCCGGGGGUGUUUGCUAUUUUUGAUUCAAAUGAUUUGAUCUACAAUUCGACUGAAGCAAGAGGCUUAUGGGAUUUGUCGAAUGCUGCAUAUUACACUUUUAAUAGCUCAUGUGUUGGAAGGUAACAUCAUUUUGUUAGAUGAAAAAUAUUCAGAAUAUUACAGUACUUUUUAUGAGCCUGACCAAAGCAUUUUUCUUCAUUCAUUCGACGCCGAAUGUGAUUCGAAAAAUAAUAAAUGUGGAGGAUUUAUAAGUGUAUCAAAUAAAAACAAACAAUUAUUUGUAUCUUAUCGAGGAACUGAUGUUAUUGUGAGUGAACACAUUUUUGACUUUUUCAAAAUGUGUUUUGUUAUAGACUCAAUUAAUGGCUGAAAUUAGUGAUACUUUAACUGCUCCAGUAAUAUUUUAUGGAGUUGGAACAACUGGAAAAUAUUUUAAAGAUGCACAUGAUGUUACCUGGGAUUUUGUGAGAAAAGUCUUAGAAAUGACUGAAUAUAUUGAUUAUGAUGUUGUAUUUACUGGACAUUCUUUGGGUGGAGCAAUGGCUUCUUUGGGUGCAACUCGAACUUUACUUUUAGGGUUAAGAAAAUCGAAUCAAAUAAAACUAGUAACAUUUGGACAACCGAGAACUGGAAAUAAAGAUUAUGCGAGUUAUGUUAACAAAAAUAUACCGUAUGCGUUUCGAGUUGUAAAUACAAAAGAUAUUAUUCCAAAAGUCCCUUUUUGUACAGCAAAUGUCAAAACAUUUUUCAAAAAGCAAAUGGAUUGUGAUUCAACUGUUGAUUAUGGUUAUUUUCAUCAUAAAAAUGAGAUAUGGUAAGUCGAUGAAUGAAAAAAUAACUAACAAUAAAAAAUUAAUUAUCUAGGUACCCAACUUCAAUGGUGAAUGAGUCAGCUUAUAAAAUUUGUGAUGGUUUUCCACUUGGAGAAGAUCCUUCAUGCUCUCAAGGGGUUGUUUAUAAACUUACCGAUCUUAUAAAUUCAAAUGCACUUCUUUUUGAUCAUCGAAGAUAUUUCAAUUCACAAGUUUUGAGUUCAAACAUUCUUUGUUCACCAAUCACAGAAGGCUCUUCAACUGCUGAUAAAAUAUCAAUAUUUUUCAAAAUAUUUAAAAAGAUUAAGGCGUUUCUCAAAAGCUUCUUUUAG